UAAUUUUUACCGAUCCCGAGGUAAGGUUAACGGUUACGGCCUUGCAUGAACCAGCCUUUACGCUCCAUGUGACGCCACCCUCACAAUCAGCUGUUGAAUGUCGCACGUGUUUUCUUUUAUUUUGCCGAGUCAGCAAAUCGCUUAUCGUCGGAUCGAGCUGAAUUGAAUAAUGAAAGAGCGUGAUUUACGGCUCGUUGGCUGAGCAUGGCCAAGAAAAACGGUCUCGCGUGAAAGAGAUAGAGAGAAAGAAGUUGGUCUCGCGGGAUUUUUUUUUUUUUGACAGAAGAUCGCCUCGGUAAAACGCGAGACUCGUUACACUGCUACAGGAAUCCUCGACGUGGGCGGAACGAUGAUGAAGGGUACAAUGUACAGUGACAAAAGUGCUUGAACGCCUGCAAUAUCCGGAAUUAUUAAUAGAUGAAACACAUAUGUUAGAACAAAGACGGAAGCAUUUCAUUGGUGCUUUGUCCAUGUCCAAUCCUUUAAAUAUAGGAGAUAGUACAAAACAAUUCUUUAAUGGAUCGUUGUAGGAAAUUUUUUAAUAGAAGACAAACUGAACGUCCUAUUGACGAUUUAGAGACUGUGCUUGAAAGAAAAGAACGAUGGCGGAGCAUCUACAUGAUUUAUUUUACUAUGUUCUUGAUGUCUCUUGGCUUCAGUAUUAUACUUACUGGGGUUUGGCCAUACUUAGGCAAGUUGGAUCCUACUGCAGGAAAAGUAUUCAUGGGUUACGUAGUGGCAGCCAAUCCACUUGGACAAAUGUUGUUUUCACCUCUAGUGGGUUGGUGGGGUAAUAAAAGAGGGUCAGUAAGAUUGCCACUUUUAGUAACUUCAGCAUUGUUCAUUAUUGCAUCAGCAGCUUACAGUGUUCUUGAGGUGAUACCUGGCGAUAAAAAAAAUUACAUGCUCACCGCCAGAUUCUUCGUUGGUGUUAGUUCUGCCAAUAUUGCUGUAGCAAGAUCUUAUCUAUCUGCAGCUACAAAACUUUCAGAACGCACACAAGCAGUUUCUAUGGUAUCCCUGGCACAGGUCCUAGGAUUUGUGAUAGGUCCUGGGCUGCAAGCUGCUGUAACACCUCUUGGAGACCAUGGCGUAACAUUUAUGAUGCUACCUUUAAACAUGUACACAGCAGCUGGUUGGAUUAACGUAAUAUUGGGAAUUUUUAAUUUCAUCUUUUUAUUGCCAUGGAACUUUAAGGAACAUAAAAUUGCCAUAAAAGAAGCUAUGCAUAAUGAGGGUAAAACUACAGAAAAAGAAGCAUGGAAAGCUAUUAAACCAGACUAUUUAGCUUCGUGGACUUUAAUUUGUGCAUUCUUCGUUUUAGUUUUUAAUUUUGUUCUUCUUGAGACUCUUGGUACUUCUCUUACCAUGGAUCAAUUUGCUUGGACUAAAAAGGAGGCACUAUAUUAUAUGGGAAUACUAAUGAGCUUUGGAGCUGUGAUAGCCUGUAUUACAUUUAUCACGAUAGGACCACUUUGCAAGAGAUUUGCAGAACGUAAAGUAAUGCUAUGGGGUGGAUUCUUCUUUAUGGUGAUUGGACGAGUACUAUGUAUUCCAUGGGGUCCGGAGCCACCUAUAAUUGCAGAUUUUGGACCGUACAAUAAUAUGACGGAAGAUGCCAAUGGAACGGAAAUCGUAGGAUGCCCCGUUACUCAGGAAUGGUGCAUAUACACACCACAAAUGACGAUUGUUCAAUUUAUCAUUGGUUACGCCUUUACAUCCAUAGGUUAUCCUAUAGGGGUUACUUUGAUACAAACUAUAUUUAGCAAAAUUCUCGGCCCGCGUCCGCAAGGCGUAUGGAUGGGUUUAAUGACAGGUGCAGGUUGUGCGUCUCGCGUUUUAGGCCCGGUAUUUGUAGGCUUCAUUUAUACACGCUUAGGGACAUAUCACACUUUCGGCAUCACUGGCGUAAUGCUACUUAUUUCCAUGUUGUGGUUACAAUUUGUAAAUAAGCGUUUGGUUGCGCCAGAGUUAAAGAAGAACAAUGAAGCGUCAAACAGGCAAGGAAAGGAUGUUGAAAUUCCUUUAGUUCACUUAAAAGCUGAUAAUAAUCAAGCAUCGCGUGAAACUACAUAGUUUAAUGUAACAUUAGAGCGCGAUUGUGAUAAUGAACAGCUUGUAAGUUGGCAAAGAAAAUUUACUUUUUCAUGCAGUAUGCAACUGGUGCAAUAAUUUGUACAUAAAGAUCGAUGCAAAUUAAUCUAUAUAUUUUUUACGAAUGCAAACGAAUUACUAUUACAUUCUUUAAAUAUACGGAUACAAAGUUACUUUUGCUAAAUAUGAUUAAGAAUGAAAUGGGUACGUGCCUUUCUCGGAAUAGUUCAAAAUAUAUAACAAUAAUCGUGAUAAUUGAGAAAACAUUCAUAGUCUUUCGCUCAAAAGCGCUCAAAACUUUCUAGUGGUAUAAUAAUUUGUUGAAAUUUUAGAUUUUUUUAUAUAAAUUCGAAUUGACUUAUUUUGUAUUCAUUAUAAUUAUAAUAUGAUAUUAAAUGUUCUUCCAGUAUUUCUGUUUGAAGAGAAGUUACAACUCUCUUAAAUGUUAUACAUUUAUUAUUAGUGCUAUUGAUAUAUUUUUUUAGGAAGAAUAGUACAUAUGGAUAAGUAACUCUUGUACAAAUUGUGAGUUUUAUAUAUUCAACUUCAGUUCUCUACAAGCACUUUUGUUAAUUAUAAAAUGUCAGGAAAUUGCACAAGAAGUAAAUUUCUUUAAUCUUCCAUAUUUUAUGUAUAUUUUUUUAUACACUUGUUGCUCUUUUAUAAAUUUUACAGUUGCGUCUAUCAUUGUUCAAAGAUCAAAUUAAUGCUAUGAUUAUGUAUAAGAAUUUAAGCAACGUACAAAUUUAUAAUAGAAUAGCUUAUAGGAAUGCCAUUGUCUUUUCCAAACUGGGAGAGUAAUAUUAUAUACAAAUGCGUUAGACGACAGCAAAUAUGCGAUAUAAAAUUGGUUCAUGUA